AUGGCUGGGUUGUCCAAGCGACUCGAGCCGUACUUUUCCGCUAUCGAUAGCUACUCCUCGGUCAAACCUGAAAUCCUCGGUCUUAUCUGGGGCACUGUUCAGUUCCUAUUCAAAUUGUGCAGGAACUACGAAAGCUUCAUGGAGAAGCUCGCAGAUAUGAUCAGCCAGGUGACUAACGAUCUGAGAUUGCACGAGCGGUACGCUCUAAGCUCUAUGAAGAUGGCCCAUGGCCUGAAUAAGUCGGCGUUUGCCACAUGUACAAGGAUGAUGGCCGACGCCCUCGUCAUGUUAUACUUCGAUGUCUUGGAGCUACUAUGGACAGUCUGCAAUCUAUUUUCCAAAAGGAAGAACCACCGCAAAAUCUUUUGGGUCCCUUUCGAUGACCACUUUGCGGACUUUCGGCGCAAGUUCAAAGCGCACCAGGCGUUCCUAGAGUCCUGUCUCCGGAGCGAGCAGAUGACCGCGCGUAUCAUGGCUUUUCAACAGCUGAAGCAGCAGAACAAGGACGAGCUGGAUCGGCUAGCACAGAUCCAGAAAGAAGUUGACAAACUGAAGCAAAACAAGUUCGCAAGCCUGAAGCAAUGGCUGAACCCUGAUCCCUGGACGACUGCUUUUGAGAAUGCUAAGAGACGUCGCCACCCGAAUACCUCCACCUGGAUUCUGGAUCAUCCGUGCUACCAAGGGUGGAUGGAAACAUUCCGUAACAACGGCCAAGAGACGGAGGCCCCAACCAAUGAAGACACACUGUUUUCGCAGAUCCUCGCGCUCCAAGCAAAGCCUGGAUACGGCAAGUCUGUUCUGUGCACGCAGAUUAUUGAAGACCUUCUUCGCGCUUCUGCUGAUAGAAAGCAAGAUGGCGUACCUGGGGGAAGUGUUGUCUUUUACUUUUUUGAUAAGCAGACCGCGUCAGAGCGCGACUACUCAGACGCAUUCAGGGCCAUCAUUACCCAAUUACUUCACCAGAACCAAGAUCACCCAGAAUUAAUGGACUUGGGUUUCAUUAUCAGGGACUUUUCUGGUAGUGGUCAACUGAACGGGUCGACAGAGGACCUGAAAGCUCUCUUGUCACUGAUUCUUCGCAAACUCAGAGAGCCAACCCUAGUUCUAGACGGACUUGACGAAUGCAUCGACGUUCAUCGCUUUCUUCAAGACAUUCUAGCCGUCACCGCCUCCACUAAGACCCGAAUCAUUUUUUCCAGCAGACCGAACAUAGACUACCACCGCUACAUCCAUAGGGGGAUGGAAAGCGUGUUUUUGGAGGAAGAGGGCAAUCUACAAGACAUCAAGAGUUUCCUGUUCCCGGAAAUCAACCAGCUCGUCCAGAGUGAGCUACUAAUAUUGGAAGACACGGCCGAGGAAAUCACAUACAUGAUAGCGGAAAAGUCGCGCUCCAUGUUCCUUUGGGCAAGCCUGCUGGUGGAGCACCUUAAGUCCGAGAUGAUGACGCCCGAGGACCGGCUGGAGGUCAUCAACGACAUGAGCCUAUUCCCGGAGCUGGACUCGCUAUACGCCAGGAUUCUCCACAAGCUGCACAGUUUACACAAGAGCAGGGGCUCUCAAAGGAACCUGCGGCGCUUAUUUGACUGGAUCUGUGUCGCUGCCCGCCCUCUGACGGCGAGAGAGUUACGUGAAGCAAUUGCUCUCCGGGUUGGCUCCGCUACGAAAGCCAGUCAGAGAAUCAAGUAUUUUGAACAGUCUAUUAUAAGGAUGACAGGAUCCCUGGUUGAGGUCGCCAGCGACAAAACUGUAAGGUUCAUACACGCGUCUGUCUUGGAGUUCUUUACCGGAGCGAUGGUUGAGUUUGGGGCCCCUCCACCAAAAGAUAGCCCGUUCAGGAUUGACGUGGACGCCGUUCACCGUUGUAUCGCGGCGGACUGCCUAUCAUAUAUCAUUCACGACGGACCCCGAGUGCCUCUCUCGUCCGCCAUUGGCACGGAUGUCACGAGCCCUAAAGUCCUGGCCAAGUACAAUCUCAUGCUUUAUGCUACCCAGUUCUGGGGGUUUCACGUGUUCAAGGCUUUGGAAAGCUGGGAGCCUUCCUCGAACACUUUCGUUGCUAAGAAAGAUCCACUCAUGGCGACACUGAUUCAGAACUUGGAUCGGUUUCUUUCAGACCCCGCCGUCGUCACUGGUUGGACUGAGGCGGCUUGGACAUUUCGAGUGGAGCCAUCCCUAGGAGAACUGCCAUCAAUGGUAUUCAAACUGUCCAUGUUGCGAGACCUUGCGUUGGGGAGAAUGUUGGAGGACUUUGCUCGUGAUCUCGAAAGGAUGAACACCCAGUGGAGACAUGUUUUGGCAAUAGAUCCUUGGGAGAUUUGGGAACCAAGCAUUUCGGCAUUCAUGAAGUCGCCGUUCUGGGUACAGAGCCAAGAUGCCACGGUCACUUCACUAAGUGAGACGAGCGCCUCACUCGUACCUUCGGGAAAGGACAGAGUAUCGGAGCCCGUAGUGGUUUCUUCUGACUGUAGCUCGGACGGGCUGGAGGUUGGCUUAAUCAAGGUUUGGCCUUCAAGCAUAUACCAAACUGAGACUAUUGUCGCGAACCCGGACACUUUCCGCCUCCGAGAUAUGCUUGAUGACUUGAGUGAAGGCUGGGAGGUAACAUAUGAGAUCAAGGACGUGCAAAGCCAAGAUCCGGUCCUCAACAUUCGACUAAACCUACCCCCUCAACAAAUCAGACGGCUGCUUCAGAAGUCAUUCGCGAGCCAGGAGCCCAAAAUAUUCGAGUUUCCUGCCUCCUUCUCGCCGGACCUGCGACAAAUUACGGUCCUCAAAUACCUCAUACGGGUAUUGCCAUCUCAGCCUAGUGACAGCCUGCAUCUGAGCAACAGCAGCUCAGGCAAGAACACGACGACGGUUCUGGCCAAUCCACUCAAGGGGCUGUCGUUCUCGCACUGCGGUAACUUCAUCCACGGCGAGAAGGUUGGCGGAAAUAAGGAGUUCGUGAUGGUACCCAUUGCAAGGGAGCUGCAGCGAUUCAAGCCACGCGCACCCAAGCUCUUCGGCAGCGCAACACUAUCUAGAGGCCAGAGUGAGCUCGCGCCCAAGGAGCAGCAUCUCAUGCAGCUUCCCACCACUGUCGAGAGUCAACCGACGCUAGGCACGGAUGCAGUCGUGUUUAGCCAGCAGCAAAAUGGUCGUCAGAUAUCGAUCAUCCGGCAGUACGGCAACUCAGGGGAGCUGGUAUUCUAUAAGACUAUGGACAAGGGCGACUUCGUCAGUGAGUGUCUGAUGAGACUUCCGAAAUCAUCGAGCCUGGACAUGGGACAUGCCACAUUUCUGAAUACGUUCGAGACGGAAGCUGAUGCCCGAAUCAUCAUCAACAAGGAGCUUCAGGACACAUAUUGUGUCGAAGAGUCUGUCGGGGAGGACCUGAAGCUGCCUCUGCUUAUAAAUAGAUCACGAGAGUCGAUUCCUCGGCACAUGGAGAAUAAGAGGCUUGCUGUCUCCGAAUUCAACAGCCCCUCUAAAAGAAUUUGUAGAUGA